AUCUUUGCCCAGAAAAGUGAAGAGCUGCCGAUCCGCUGGCCUGGGCGUCCCUGCUGCCCCCUUAGGCCGGGUGCCCGACGUCCCCAAACGCCCAGACCUCACCCUCCCGCUCCUGCACCUUAUGGGCGCCCCUUCGCGGACCCCUAAGGGUGCGCUCCUGGGCCUCACCUGCUGCACCGGGCAGCUUUGUUCCGAGCCCCCCCCCCCCGCGAUCACCUCCUCUCGGGAGCGGGGUUGGGUUGCUCUCCCACUCCCCGCACCCGAGCCCCGUCCUCCUGCGCUGAGGGUGGGGUCCGCUCGAGGCCGGAGGUGGUUUAGCCACCCCGAAACCCGACCCUGCCCCGCCCGCCCGCCCAGAAGGACCUUGAGACUGGGCCCGAGACCCGAGCGUGGCCGGCCGUCCUGGCUGCCAGGGCUUCUGGAACUGCUCUCUGGCCGAUUGCAGGAGGACCCACCGGUGGGUGUCAGCGGUGCACCAUCUGAAAACAACAUCAUGCAGUGGAAUGCAGUUAUAUUUGGACCAGAAGGGACACCAUUUGAAGAUGGUACAUUCAAACUAGUAAUAGAAUUUUCUGAAGAAUAUCCAAAUAAACCACCAACAGUUAGGUUUUUAUCCAAAAUGUUUCAUCCAAAUGUGUAUGCUGAUGGUAGCAUAUGUUUAGAUAUCCUUCAAAAUCGAUGGAGUCCAACAUAUGAUGUAUCUUCUAUCUUAACAUCAAUUCAGUCUCUGCUGGAUGAACCGAAUCCAAACAGUCCAGCCAAUAGCCAGGCAGCACAGCUUUAUCAGGAAAACAAGCGAGAAUAUGAGAAGAGAGUUUCGGCCAUUGUGGAGCAAAGCUGGAAUGAUUCAUAAUAGACAACUGGUCUGUUCAUCUCUCUCUUCAUCGCUGUGUAUAAUUUACCUCCCAGUAGAAAGGCUAACAUUUUAAGUGCCACAAGUUGUAAGGAUUCUGCAAAAGAAAAAAGAAAAAAAAGGUCCUUCAUUUAGAACCUACAAAAGCUUGUGUAUCUUGAUUAAUGUACUUUUUAUUGCAUGGUGUGAACUAAGUUAUUGCUGCAUAAAUUUGUAAUAUAUCCUGUUUGUAUUUUUUUCCAAGUGUAUAAUGUUGGUGUGGAGUUUUCAUGACAGAAUAUACACAUUUUGUAAAUCUGUACUUUUUUCAAAUAUUGAAUGCCUUAUUUUUGAAUUCUUUAGAUUUUUAAAUUGGAGAAAAGCACUUAAAAUUUUUUAUAUAUGAAUAUUACAUGUAAAGCUGUUAAAAUACAUAACUUCAGUGCAAGAGACUUUGUCACUUAUUUCCUUAUCUGUUAGAAGGGUUAAUAAGUCUCUAGCUCUCCAUCAGUUGAUAGUUUCAGUUCCAAUUGCAAAAGAACAUGUUUCUAUUUUAUCAAGAAAGUCUUCAAAUUUGAUUCUGGAUACUAAUUAUAAUCUCCAACUUUAUUUUGAAUGCACCUAUAUUAGUUUCAAUUGAGUAGUUAUAGACGUAACUGGCUUGACCCCGCUCGGCUCUGUGCUGAGGCCACUUGCUGACAGUUUCUCUGUGUGUUACUGUUUAACUGUACCUUUGUAGUUUCACAUUGGGACCUCUACCACGAGCAGAGAACUGACGCAACUUAUUCUGCUGCUUGGUAGCUCUUGAAAGGCUUGUGAUGAAUGAAGAAGGUAAAAACCAUGAACGUUUACCAAAAAUUGAUGCCCCAGUAUUAGCAAAGAAUUGGUUGCAUUUUUUGAGUAAGGCAGAUAUUUGGAAGGAAUCUUGGUGUAAUUUAAAUAUUUGAAAACUACCUUUUAAUGCAAUUACGUAUCUGUUUAUUCUGAGAAAAUGUUUUAACACCAGGGCCUGCUGAGUUGCUUUCUCUCGUGGAGAUUUUCUUUUUAAUCUCCUUAAGUUGUAUAAGUUGUACUGCAUCUUAGUUUACUGGAUAAAUUUAAAACACAGUAUUGUGGAAAGCUAAUACAAGCUAUCUUAUGCUUUCAAAUAGUAUAGAAAAUGGAAAAUACACAAGUAAAUUCUGUUGAACCACC